AUGGCCAAUCCGAGCACUUUUGUUGAGCUGCCUACCGAAAUCAUUACCCAGGUCGUAACCGAGUUAGUCAACGACCCAUAUUCACAACUCCAUAGCUGGAAACUUCCUUUGGAGACUUUUGAGCAGAUUCUGAUCGAGACUACCCCCAAAGGCGAACCUCCGGUAAACGAGUCGCAGCUGGCUAGUGCCUAUGCCUUGUACAUACGCUGUGCGAUAGACUCCAAGUUCUUGCUUCAAGAGCCAGAAAGUGAGCUUCGGAGCCUAUGGACGAAAGCUUUUAAGCUUCUUGGUGGAAACUUACGGGCUGUUAGUCUGCUUAGCCUCCGGUGCGAUAAGUUGCGCCAAGUCGACUACAUUACCUCCCUCUGGAAAGCAGAUGAAGGAGCAUUCUGCCAGCUUGGCCCUCAUCACCAUACAGACAGGAGUGUGGAGUAUGGCUGUCGAUAUGCCGCUGCUAUUGCUGGUGACCUGCUAUUUUCGACAGUCAUAUCGUGUCUAUCAGCUUCUGGUAUUGCCUUACCGCAGAUCUCGAUCAAGCAUGCAAUGACAGGAACCGUUGAUUGCACCAAAGUGCCUGGGUGGGAUUUUCUAAACUUUACCAAACUCGAAAAGGUUGAGUUUGGCCCAGACAUUCCGCACAAUGAACAUGAUUGGGCUAGUAAGACUGUUUUUCAGACUCUACCGUGCCCGAAAGUGGAAGAAAUCGAGUCAAGUGCUUCCAAGAUUGUCCAUGAGUUGGUCGCCAAGUCCCAAUCAACAUUAAAUACCCUUAUUCUUGACGGAACUGGCGUUCUGGACUGGCCUACCCAGCCACCACUUUCCUCCUUGCCAUCUCUUGAGAAUUUAGACCAUUCUUUCGAUUCUGUCAAUCCCAUCAGAUUUAGUUCACGGCUAAAGAACAUGCCAAACCUGCGAUAUCUGAGACUCGGUGGUUUACGACUAUCCAGGGGUCUUCUAUUCGUCGAAUGGCGCCAUGUAUUCGAUGCUGUUCGAGACCACCCAAGUGUUGUAGGGCCACGCCCAAAAGGUCUCUCUGUAGAGUUUGAAUCUAUCAAGUCAGCUGAUUGGACUAGUAUGACAUACAGAGGGGUGAUUUGCCACAAUAGCAGUAUUGCUACGGAGAGGCAUACUUAUUGCACAGAUCCUGAAGGGUUGAUGGAGGAGAAUUACUCUUUAGAGAAGCAUUUCUACAACGAAAUGCGAUUUAAGGAUAACCAUGGACUACGAUACUUGAUGAACGAUUGGGAUGUUGGGAUGGUGGAGACUGAUUCAGAUGAAGAAGGCAGUGAGAGUGAAGAUUGGGAUGAGGACAAUGAAGAGGAGGAAGAACAAGAUGAGGCAUAG